AAUACCCUAACCCAUAAGUUUAAACUGUAAAUUAUAUUGGGUUCAUUUAGGUUUGGAUUAAAAAAUAAUGGGUUUUAACAGGGUUGAGCCCUUUUAAUUUUUGGAUUAGAAAAUAUCUUCUGAUCUUCUCGACGCCGUUCAAUCUCUCUCUGAUCUCACUCUCGACGCCUCUCACCCUCUCUCCGAUCUCGACGCUCGUGGGUUUAUCUCAGCCUCUCUCUCCGAUCUCGCCUCAGCUUCUUCUUCGUUCUCGACGCCUCAGCUCGGCGGUUUCAUCUCAGCCUCUCUCUCCGAUCUCGACGCUCGUGGGUUUCAUCUCAGCCUCUCUCUCCGAUCUCGACGCUCCAUGUCACUGCAGAAGCUUGGUUGCCAUUGUAGGUGGAACCGGAGAAGGUAAGACAUCACUUGUCUCUGCAAUGUUGGGAGAGUUGUCUCAUGGUGAAACCUCAAACGUUGUUAUUAGAGGCUCCGUAGCUUAUGUUCCUCAAGUUUCAUGGAUCUUCAAUGCCACUGUGCGUGAAAACAUUAUAUUUGGUUCGGAUUUUGAACCGGAAAGAUACUGGAGAGCUAUUGAAGUGACUGCAUUACUCAGGGACGUGAUCUUACAGAGAUUGGAGAACGUGGGGGUGAAUAUCAGCGGAGGGCAGAAGCAGAGAAUGUCAAUGGCUAGGGCAGUCUACUCAAAUUCAGAUGUUUACAUAUUCGACGAUCCUUUGAGUGCUUUAGAUGCUCACGUUGCUCAGCAGGUAUUUAAUUUAUUUAUUCUUUACUUAUAGGUUGAUCCUGAGUGUUUGGUUGCUGGCAAAGAUGUUGUGGAAGGUAGAGACUAUAGAGUAAAUCUGGUUGUUGCAGUCUUCAACGAGCAAAGAAUAUGUGAAAGACUUUAUUUAUUUGAAUAUGACUUGAAACUUGUUUAGUGUUGUGGUUUGCUUCAAACUUUUAAACGUAUUUUGUGACAAUCAAUAAUGUGAAAUUUCUUACUAUU